ACCAGAGACGACGAUCCGCAUUAUCUGCGGACCGUAUUACAACCUUCAACGUCCGGGACUCUAAGCAGCCAGUAUCGAGACCAUAACAUGAAGCACCAGAAAUUCUCCAUGUAUGGUACAAGCUUAUUUGUCGCAACUCUCUUGCUCUUGUUCGCUGUCGCUCCAGCUUCUCAAGGACAUCUAAACGUUUUGCCAUCCCAAUGCCGUUAUGACUCCAUAGAGGUUUCUUUCCUCAUCCGAAAAUGGACUAUACAGCAGUACUCCUAACUAGCCCAGCAAGGUAGUCCUUGUCUUAUGCUUCGCGUAGCUAGACACGGGCUUCUCAUCUGG